GCCUUAACUCGGACAUAGUAAGAACUAUUUACCAAGCUGUGGUCGAACCAACCAUUUUGUAUGCUGCGAGCUGUUGGGUAGAAGCAACUAAUAAGAAAUAUAUAAAUCGAAUGCUUAAUAGGCUUACACGAAUGUUUAGCAUUCGCAUUUGCAAAGGCCACAAAACUAUCUCCCUUGUAUCCAGCGCGCUACUAGCUCAGAUUAUACCACUGGCACUAAGAGCCAGAGAAAACGCCGAAUUAUAUGAGAUCAAAAGAGGCAAGCACAUUGAUUCACUCCCUGGGAGACAGUUGCAGAUGAGAAUAAGUCCUUUUCACCUACCGCACCCCUCAUUAAGAAUUAAGAGAGAAUACAACCUAAUAACGUGCCAAGAAGACAUUAACCAAAUUGACAACAACUGGCCAAAACUUUUUACAGACGGCAGCAAAAUGGAUAACAAAGUAGGGGCGGCUGUUUCAGUAUGGCAGGAUGGAAAAGAAACUAAAAACAUCACCUGUAGGCUGGAAAAUUACUGCAGCGUAUAUCAAGCCGAAUUAAUUGCUAUUCUGAAGGCAGUAACAUAUAUGCUUGAAAAGAAAAACCUUAAAGCCAACAUCCUCAGCGACUCGAGAUCAGCAGUCAUAACAGUUUGUAAUCCUACGUCACUUAAUCCAAUUGCAGCUGAAAUUUCUUCGAAGCUAAAUGAAAUAGAAAAAAAAGAGGGCAAAGUCCUGAUCUACUGGAUAAAAGCUCACUGCGGCUUAUUAGGUAACGAAAGAGCAGAUGAGCUAGCUAAAUAUGCCGCUACUAGAAAAAAACAGAAGGCAACUUAUGAUUUGUUCCCAUUGUCUUACGCCAAGCACCUCACCAGAAGCAACACACUACUAAGAUGGCAAACCAAAUAUGAAGAAGCAGCAACCAGUGAGCAUGGGAGGUAUUGACAUUGGCAUGUCAAAAGAAAUAAAGCUACUGGGUGUAACUAUUGACAAUAAACUUACUUUUAACACCCAUGUAUCGAACGUGUGUAGGAAGGCAAUCGGCAUCUACAAACAGCUAUGCAAAGCUGCAAAGGUUAGUUGGGGACUUCAUCCGGAAGUGAUAAGAGUAAUAUAUCUCGCGACUGUAGAGCCUAUUAUACUUUACGCUGCUAGCGUCUGGGCACAGGCUGCAAAAAAGCUGGGGGUUAUAAAACAACUUGCCGUAGUCCAGCGCGGUAUAGCGCAAAAAUUAUGCAAAGCCUACCGGACGGUUUCUUUGAAUUCGGCGCUAGUACUGGCUGGAAUACUCCCCCUAGACCUCCGAGUUCGUGAGGCGGCUUCAUUAUAUGAAGCCAAGAAGGGGGUACCUCAGCCAGUGUUGGCGGGAAGAGAAGUCGAGAGAAUGGCUUCAGCCGUUGAGGGCCCACACCCUGCUGAGCGCCUGGAAUUAGAAAUUAUUAGCUUGGUAAACGAGGAGCAGCUGAACAAACACAGCGAAAUAAACGUCCACAUAUUUACUGACGGGAGCAAGAUUGAGGGCAAGGUUGGCGCCGCCCUUUCCGAAUGGAAAAACAAGACCGAAAAUAAAGCCCUCAAACUUGCUCUACCAACAUACUGCACAGUUUACCAGGCCGAGCUCCUGGCCAUUUGCAGGGCGACUGGGCAAAUCCUCAAGCACAGAGCGUCCUCCUUUGGAAUUUAUAGUGACUCAAUGGCGGCCCUUCAAACGAUCAUUAACUCAAACUGCCUUCACCCGUUAGCCGUGGAAUGUAGAGAUAAUUUAAGAGCAAUAUCUCUCCAAAACAAAGUAGUAACUUUGUUUUGGAUUAAAGCCCACGCGGGCUUAGAGGGGAAUGAACGAGCAGACAGACUAGCAAAAGAGGCCGCAAAAAAUUCCAAAGUGAGACCGGAUUACGAUCUUUGCCCGGUUUCAUUCGUCAAGCGAAGCAUCCGUAUGGCAACGCUAGACGAAUGGAAUCAAAGAUACCAGACCGGUGAAACAGCAAAAAUCACGAAGCUGUUUUUCCCAGACGCGAAAUUGGCCUACCGAUUAAUAAGAAAAUUUGGAGCAAGCAGCGAGACUACCCAAGUCAUGACGGGGCAUGGUGGAUUUUCGGAAUACUUACACCGCUUUAAGUGUAAAGAGAAUCCAUCGUGCAUUUGCGACCCCGAUGCUGAAGAAACUGUGCCACACAUUUUGCUGGAGUGUCCCGCAUACGCCGCAGAGCGCCUGAAAAUAGAAAACGAAAUUGAAUUAAAAUUAAUUAAGGAGAAUAUAAGUAUCAUAAUGAUGAGUAAAUACAGAGAAAAAUUUAUGAGUUAUUGUUUGAAAAUUGCAAAAAGAGUAAUAAAUAGGAAUAAAACUGUUUAAGUAAGGAUGCUGUCAUAAUAUAUUGUAUUAUAUUAUAGAUCAGCAUUACAAAAUAAAUUGAAAUAUGUAUUAGCAAUAAUUAAAUAGAAUAUAAGCAAUAACUAACAAAUAGUAUAAGUCAAAUAAGUAUUAUAUAAGUUGUCACUACCCCUAGCAUUAAAUAUUGGAAAUUGUUGUUGCAUGCACUAGACUAAGAGUAGUAGGACUCCCGAACGAAAACCCGGAGUCCUCUACACCCUUUAUAAUAUCAAGGACUAAAUAAAUAAAGAAAAUGAAUUCAAAGUCCGUGUCGAGCUGACAAUGUCUCUGACCCCCAUGUCAGAGGGAAACAGCAAAGCAUACAU